AUGUGGAAAGGCGAGCAUAGAAGCACCGUAAUGUGCGCAGCAUUCCAUGUCGAAACGGCUGCAAGUUAUCUACCCGGAGGUGAUUUAAAGAUGCCGAUUGCUGCUGCGAAAGGAGGGGUUUCAACGGGGAGCGCCAAUUCCGCUGGCAGUGGUUCGAGACGCUCGAAUCCCAAGGGCCGUAGCACCAAACGCAGCAUCCUCCCCGUCGCCUUGGGAAUAUCCGCAUUUCUCACGGUUACCGUGCUGCUUUCGCCGUCGCUGCGAAGGCAUUUGCGAAGCCUCGGGAGCUCAGAAUCCGUUCUAGACGCCGGCGAAACCCGCGACAGCUACGGUCGCUCGACGACGCACCAACACACAGACACAUCCUCUUCCCACGGAACAUUACCUGAAAACUCUUCCUCCUCCUUAUCUUCCUCUUCCUCUUCCGCAUCCUCCUCCAUCCCUCCGUCCCUCGCGGGUUCUCCGACCGAUCCCACACCGGCGUACCUCCGCCUUCUAGCCAAGGAUGAGUCUCCUUGUGUCAACCUCACCGGUCACAGAUGCUCAGACCAGGAGAUACGACAAGGCCCGCCGCCCGGAAGCAUGGACGAGCCGGUCUUAUCCGCCGCUGACGUGGCGCUGUUUGAUAGGGUGCGGAGGCUGUACCCCGACGGGCAGCCCAAGGGGAGCGGCCAGGGGGAGGAGGACCGAGUCGCGUUCCUAUUCCUGACACGUGGACCCAUGCCUCUUAGUAGACUAUGGGAGAGGUACCUUCGGGGCUACGAGCAGCGGUACUCAGUCUACGUGCAUGCAACGCCAGGGUUUCAAUACCCCUUGGACUCGUCGCCUGUGUUCUACGCGCGGGAGAUCCCCAGCGAGAAGGUGCAGUGGGGCGACCCCUCCAUGGUGGCGGCAGAGCGACGCCUCCUGGCAAACGCGCUGCUGGACCCGGCCAACAAGCGAUUUAUCAUUCUCUCUGAAUCAUGCAUGCCUCUGCACGACUUCCCCUUCACCUAUCGCUACUUGAUGGCGGAAAACCAAAGCCUCCUGCACAGUUCGUGCAACAAUGACUGGAACUGCAUGGGGCACUACAGCAGUCGCAUGCAGCCGGAAGUGCAAAGGAACCAGUGGUCCAAGGGCUCGCAGUGGUGGGCGCUGACAUGGCACCACGCCUUCCUUGCGGCCACGGACACAACCAUCUACCCCACCCUCGCCAGGUGGUGCAAGGGUGACAACUGGCACCGGCACUGCUAUUUGGAUGAGCAUUAUUUCCAAACAUUACUCAAGAUCAAAGACCCGGACCACGUGGCAAGGAGAGGGCCCACGUGGGCCAUGUGGUCAGGGGGGCCGCACCCAGUGGAAUACACACGGGAGCAGCUCACCCCGCACUUUCUCACGUCGGUCAAGUGGGACACUAAGUGCUCCUGGGGUGGUCACCAGAACUCCUGCUUCCUUGUUCUUAGGAAGAUUGCACCCAGCGCACUGCAGACUCUGCUCAACUACACUCCAGAAGAGCUUGGUUACUGA